AUGAAACGAGGCGCCUUCAACAUUAUAGGAACAGUCGCCAACUCGUUAUUUGGAGUUCUGGAUUCGAAUUACGCCACAGAAAUGUCGGAAAAAAUUAGUGAUAUUCACCAAAACGAAAACUGGUUCAUGUCACUGCUCAAAAACCACACUUCUAUCUUGGACGCGACGAGCAAUAUCAUGAAAGAGAACCAGGAAACAAUUGACCAACGAUACAAGACCCUAGAAGAAAAACUGGAGAAGUGCAUGGUCCUUAUGGGUAGUAUAGAAAGGACCCAAACAGCGAUACUAGACAUGAUGUCGGAAACUUACCAAGGACAAAUAGGUUACCUCGUACUAUCGCCGCACCAAUUCAACCAGGAGGCAACAAAAAUAAGGACUCAUCUCCCGGCUGGUCUUUAUCUGCCUGUGGAACCAGAAGAUACCCUUCAGUUAUAUAGGCUCAAGUCGGUGGAAGGCCGCCUGCCCGUCAAGCACGCUAUUUUCCAAAUUAAAAUACCAUUAAUCGGCUUGGAGGAGUUCGCAUUAUUUAGAGUAUUCCCGAUUUGGACGUGCUAUAACAAAACACUCAUAAAGGUUCGGCAAUCAUGCAACUACCUUGCCGUUACCGCUCAUCUCGAUCGAUAUUACCCGGUGGCCGAUUUCAAACUAUCGAAUUGCGUAAUGGUACACAAUUUAUCUUGUUUAUGUACCCAGUCGCAUUCCAUUUAUUAUCACGGAGCAAGUGAGAACAGGUGCGAGAUCGACCUCUUAAACAACAUCUCGAUGCCAGAAUCCUGUCAACUGGAACCAAUUAUGACAACCGCCGCCUGGAUAGAAAUUUCGAAAACGAAUAAAUGGAUUUAUGCUGUUACUGAGGAAUCAUCUUUAAGCAUAGUCUGUCCUCAUUCUACUAGUAUCCAGCACAUUGAAGGAUCAGUCUGUGUCACAAAGCAAAACCACAUAAUUCUGCAGGCACAUCAGACUCACUCCAGCGAUUUGACCACCUCCCACCCAGUUGUCCAAAAUCAAAUUGAACAUAAGUGGGGCCAAUCCGCAUGCAAACGAAAUACAACAGUUAGCGAAGGAAAUCAGACAGCAGCAACUUGA